AUAAUAGGCUGGUCCUGGUACGAGACUCUCUCUUUCUCUCUCUCUGUAAUUGAUGCAUUGAAGGCAUCCGAAUUUCACCCAUGCUUCUUUAAGUCACUGUUCGUGAGCGAAGCACCAAACCCUGCAAUGCCGGGGAUUGUUUGGUGUACCGGAAUUAUGAGGAAGCCCCUACUUGCCGGAGCUUGAUUGGUUUUCUGUUGCAGCCCUGGUGGUGGUGGUGGUGGUGGAAUGGAAGGGAAGGAGGUGCAGCAGAGGGUGGUUGUUUCCAAGCCCGUCGCUUCCCGGCCUUCUUGCACGGGUUUCAGGACGUUCACCGAGCUACUGGCCGGAGCCAUCAACGCCACCCCUCCGAGGACCUUGCCGGAGUCCGAGCCCCCGACGACAACCACCGUCGCAAUCCGGCCCAAGACGGUGAGGUUGAAGCCCUCCGUGAGCCAUUUCCCCGUUGGUGGCCUUCAACCCAAGACGGUGGGAGCUGCACCAACAGCACCAGCAGCACCGGCCACCGCCGCCCCUGCAGCUGCCCGCACUUCUGCCACUUCUUCUGCUGAUAGGCCUUCGAAGACUGAGGAAAGACCCAAUGUUGUUUACAAACCAUUGGCAAAGGUUGUUUCAAGAGCCACUGUAUCUCUCCUGGCUAAUAUGGGGAACUUUGAUCAUAAACAUCAACCUCCGCCUUCAUAUGCAGCUCCUAAGCCAACUCAACCUCAAUUGGAUAAAGUACAGGAAAUUGUGUCUCCAAAGCCAGUCCCACAGAACACCGAACAGAGUAAUACAACUAUGCCUUCUGCAACUAGUGGAGACCGACUUUCUUUUGAUGGGUACAACUGGAGAAAGUAUGGGCAGAAGCAGGUGAAAGGAAGUGAGUACCCACGGAGCUAUUAUAAGUGCACGCAUCCAAACUGUCCGGUGAAGAAGAAGGUUGAGAGGUCUCUUGAUGGGAAGAUAGCAGAGAUUGUGUAUAAGGGUGAGCACAAUCAUCCAAAGCUGCAGCCUCCCAAGCGUGUUUCUUCAGAGGGGCAGGGUCAAACUCAUGUAUCCCAAGGUGUUGGACGGGAUGGCUCCAAUCCACAAUUGAGUGAUUCUCAUGGCAAGAAAAAUAUGGAGAAGAAUAGUGGCAAUGUUGAGCAGCAAAAUGCAACAGUGCCAUUGGCAAAUGCUCAAAAGAGCCAUGGAAAGUUGGCAUCUUCACAGUAUCCAAUGAAUAACCUACUUAAUACAGGUACCGCAAGCCAUGAAAACUCUUGUGGAGUUAGUGAGGAAUGUGAGGUGGGAAGCAGAGGAGAAGAUGGUAAUGAUGAAGAACCUGCCAGUAAGCGAAGAAAGAGAGAGAAGAAAAUUAGUGAAGGUGCAGUAGUACAAGACCCCCAGAGUACUACACAAACUGCUGCAGAAUCUGAAAUUCUUGAGGAUGGGUUUCGGUGGAGAAAAUAUGGACAGAAGGUGGUGAAAGGGAACCCGUACCCCAGAAGCUAUUACAGGUGUACCAAUCUGAGGUGCAAUGUGCGCAAGUAUGUAGAGAGGUCAUCUAUUGACCCCGGCGCAUUUGUUACAACUUAUGAGGGAAAGCACAACCAUGAAAUGCCAGGCUUCCGGAGCUCCAGCGGCGAUGCUCCGGACUUAGAUUCCCAGGCUUGCAAUGAAGCCAAGCAUUAGCUGUCCUUGUGAGCAAAUAACACUGAUGAAAAUGCACCGUAUCAUCCAUGACUCAAUGCGACCUCCAUGAAUGAGAACAAGGUUAUGAUUAAAUUUGCAGAGCAAUUGUAUUACUAAGAUUUCAAGGCCCAUGGUAAAGAUUUUCAAUCCAUAUGUCUGGUGGCUUACUGUGGUAUGGUAUGUCCACGGCCAGAGCGAUUCUCUGAUUGAAUAGUCUUAAUUUUUAUGUAAUUUUUCUCUCAAGUAAUUGGUUUAUGUCAAUGUCUGAGUUUUGCCUUCUUC